AUGUUGUGCUGUGGAGGUGCAGAAGAGGAUUUUAACGGUUUAGCUGCAAACCAUUAUAGUGCAGCAGCUAUUGGGGCUAACGCGUACGGUGCUGGUGCUGGUGGAGGAGGUGGUGAUAGAGGAGAGCCAAGGAGCAAUAUUGUGAAGAGUGGCGGUCCUCAGAAAGCAUUAGAAAUCGAGAUACCCGAAUUUAAGUUGAACGAGUUAAAGCGGUUAACAGAGAACUUUGGAACAAAAGCACUUAUUGGGGAAGGUUCCUAUGGAAGGGUUUUCCGUGCAAAGAUGAGCGACGGUGUUGAGGCUGCAAUUAAGAAGCUCGAUACUAGUUCUUCACCAGAAGUUGAUUCCGAUUUUGAAUCACAGUUAGCAAUUGUUUCAAGACUGAAGAAUGAACAUUUUGUCGCGUUGAUGGGAUAUUGUCUCGAAGCGAAUAACAGAAUUUUGGUUUAUGAAUAUGCAAGUCUUGGUUCUUUGCAUGACACAUUACAUGGAAGGAAAGGAGUUCAAGGGGCAGAACCUGGUCCGGUUUUAAAUUGGAACGAGAGAGUAAAAAUUGCGUUUGGUGCAGCCAAAGGACUUGAGUUUCUUCAUGAGAAAGUUCAACCUUCUAUAGUUCAUAGAGAUGUAAGAUCCAGCAAUGUGUUGUUGUUCAAUGAUUAUGAGGCUAAGGUUGCAGAUUUCAACUUGACAAAUCAGUCUUCGGACACCGCAGCCCGGCUACAUUCAACAAGAGUCUUGGGAACAUUUGGCUAUCAUGCUCCAGAGUAUGCGAUGACAGGACAAAUAACCCAAAAAAGCGAUGUAUACAGUUUUGGUGUCGUGCUUUUAGAACUCUUGACAGGAAGAAAACCAGUGGAUCAUACAAUGCCUAAAGGGCAACAAAGUCUUGUAACUUGGGCAACUCCAAGACUAAGUGAAGACAAAGUGAAACAAUGUGUUGAUCCUAAACUAAACAACGAGUAUCCGCCGAAAGCAAUCGCUAAGUUGGCAGCAGUUGCAGCACUCUGUGUUCAGUAUGAAGCAGAUUUCAGACCAAACAUGACAAUUGUUGUUAAAGCUCUUCAGCCACUUCUCAAUUCGAAACCGGCUGGACCUAGCUCUAAUGCUUGA